AUGGUGGCCCUUGCCGCCGCCAGCUUAGCUGGCCACGUCCUCCAAUCCCUCAGUCUCACAGGCGACGCAAUCUCCAAGAGCCGCCAGAUCCAUGCCUCCAUUUCGGGUACCUUGAAGGAGCAUGACGAUCUAGAACGCCUUACGAUUCAUUUUAAGGAUUUGAGCGGUCGGUUUGUAGGCCUCAGCAGGUCUUUCCAAGCUCUUGACGAUGCUACAAAUGAGGGCGCACAAAAGAUUUUAGAGGCGUUGAGUGACAGCCGAGACCAAUUAGUCGCUGCCACAGGCUCACAAACCAGGCAGAUGAGGGCACUGCAUACACAGACUGAGACGAUACUCUCUCAAGAGUUCAAAUCAGCGGCUGCAAAUUCAGUAAAGCAGAGCGAAGGAACCCGCGCCCUUACGGCCAAAGAACACCAGAGCACCCGGGCGGAGGUACAUAAUGCCGUCGCUGAUGUAGCUUCCAGGUAUGACAAUGCUAUUUCCACGGAAGCCGACAAUAUCUCUGCCCGGAUCGAGGAGGUAGAUGAAAAUACUCGAGCUCAGAUCACAUAA